AUGGUUUGCGCCCUACUAUGCAAUUUGGAAGCAAACACCAAUUUCUUUGAUGAAGCCCACAGAGAGGCCAGGUCCUCACAGCAAGGUAAACGGAGCACCCACCCAGCUGAAAUGGAAAUAUCAGAUGACGAGGACGCGAUAUCCAUGGGUAGCGAAGACCAGGAAGACUUCAUAAUUGAGCAAGACUCCAUACCAGCAGAUCCCCCUUGUUCUUACCGAUUUGUCCUCAUUGAAGGAAUCCCUAACCAGGCUGAGGUUCAGAAUCAUUGGGCAAAGAAGUGGAACCUCACUGUUACAAGUAAUUGGGACAUCAUUGACAUAGAGAACAAACUAUUCAUAGAGGUGAAAGUCACCACGUUGAGCGAUACUGCAGCCAACACAUUCAGGAGCAAGGCUGUAGGAAUGGAAGCCAAUUCUGUCCUGGUAAUUGUGAACCCUUCAACAGGGAAAAUUAAAUACUAUCCCAGGCAAUUGAAAGCUCAGAGAGAAGAUAAAGUGACCUCAUUCAUACUGGCCCGGUGUCAAGUCAUGAGAGAGCUGGGGAUUUCAGAUCACCAGAUACAUGAGGAAGAAGACAUUAUCAGUUCAAUCUUUUGCAAUAAUGAAUUCAUGAUAGAAUUUGAAACAUGGAUGAAUUCGUUCCUCAGACAUAAAGAGCUUUUAGCCCCACCCAACAUGAAAAAGACAAGCAGCUCAAGUUCGUCGAGCCUCUUAAAGCCUUUCUGUUUGGAGCAGCUGGAGAAAAACUUAGCGGACCCUCUAAAUCAUGCUAGUCAGCCUGUCCUAUGGAAAGGGAAAAUCUUACCCGAGGGAUGGGUUCUCAACAACUAUUGGGAUGAUGCAACAGACAUCAAUAUGAUAAAUAGAUACUGCAGACUUAUGUAUGAGUCAACUAGGAACGGGAAGACUUGUUUGUACAAAAGUGAAAAGGAGGAUUCCCUAUUUGAAUUAUUUGAUGACCUUUGUCAGGAGGUAGAGACAGGCAAAGUGAUGGAGAAUUUUAAGUUCAAGCAAAAUCUAAGAGAUGAGGACGAUGCAAACCCCUUGAAGAAGUCCUUAGGAGUUGAUCGGAAGGGAAAAGUUCAUUCGAGCAAGUUCAGCCCUGACAUGGUGCAAAAGGAGAGCAAACCUAUUGUUAAGAGGUAUCUACACAGAUGGUUCACGGAUGUUAUAGAUGACCUUGUAAAGGAUAGCCCCACAAGCAUGCAUCCCUUCCCCAACUUAGAAUUAGGGGAAACCGUUCCCGAUCAUCCGAUAAGCAAAGCUUCAAGAAAAGCCAUAUCCACAAUAUUUAGUAUGUUUAAGAAAACAAAAGCCGCAUCAAUGACAUCAAAAUACAUAAACUUGGGGUCCAGGCUGGGGGGAUCGUAUCUAAACAGCUCAAGUGUUAAGAACCCUCACUCAUUCACAUCAAUGAUGCCGAUAUACGCAACAGUGCACAACGAAUCAACAGCGAGAGCUGUGUCGGGAAUAAUGAUAAGGGGCCCACAACAUGCCAGGAGUCCCACUGACAAAAUUAACCUCGUUGCCAUGGAAACGGCCAGUGAUGUGUUCAUUCAGGGAAAAAUGUGGAGGUUUCUUCCCAACUGCGUGGUGGUAAAAGGAGAAAAGAACUCAUUUGUGAUAAGAAAGACGGCGGUGAACUAG